AUGGCAGCGUACACCGGCAUGGAUAACGGAUCCCCAGCACUGCCACGGUCUCUCGAGGAUGUUCGGAUCACCGGCCUUCCACCAGUCGCCUUCUACAUUUCUGAUUUCAUUACCGCAGAAGAAGAGAAAAUCUUGCUGGCAAAGAUCGCUGCUGCCCCAAAACCACGCUGGAAGCAGCUCACACAUCGAAGACUCCAGACAUGGCCGUCAGAUCUUGUCAAUAACAAACUUGUUGACGCACCACUGCCAGUGUGGCUUCAAGAGCCUGUAAUUUCAAGACUCAAGUCCAUUCCCAUCUCUCGAGACCAGGCAUCGUCUCAUGUCUUCUGUGACAGCCCUCACGGUGCCCCGAACCAUGUCCUGGUCAAUGAAUAUCCUCCGGGAAUAGGCAUCAUGCCACACAAGGACGGGUCCGCGUAUCAUCCGGUCGUCUGCACGGUCAGUCUUGGCGGCAGCCUGUGCUUGAACAUUCACAAGACCAAAGUGGACGGCACGCUAGACACGGAACCAAUAUGGAGGAUCUUGCAAGAGCCCAGGAGUCUCCUCAUCACAUCUGCCGACUUGUACACCGAGUAUCUACACGGCAUUGCAGACAUUGCCGAAGACAUCGGCCUGUCUGAGCACAGCAUCGCCAACUGGGGUCUUCUUCGUGAUUCGGCAAGCUUUGCAGAGGGCCGCAGUCAACGCUUGACCCGAACAAGUUUGACAUAUCGCGAUGUCAUGUCUGUAGCGAGGCUGGGGAACAAGUUUUCGUUCCUGCAGAAAAGAUGA